AUCUGUCUAUUUGUUUAUCUCUGUUUUAUCAGUUCUUUUAACAGGCUCCAGAGAAAUCAUCUUGUUUUCUGAGCUAUAUACAAAGCUUACACAAAUGGUAACAUUUAACAUAGCUUAUAAUGAAUUUUGGAUAAAAAAGCAUGUUACAACAAUAGAGAACCAUUAGAGCCAUCAGGGAGGAUAUUGUCAAGUGCUUGAAUUAGAUUCUCUGUUAUAUAAUUUCAUUUCCGCACAACCCCUGUGAUUAGAAGCCACAGAAUAGUGAAGAAUCUUUUUGAUUGAACUGAUCAUGUAAUCAUUUGAGCAUGAUUUCAUUAUCAAAAUGUGUGCUAAUUGCAAAUUUACCCCUGAGGGUCACUGUUCUUUUCCUUAGUGGGAUCCAAGCACCUGUAAAAGUAAAUCAGAUAAAGGUUUCAUUUGACUUGUAUCAUGCAUUGAUGUAGACAGAAGUAGGCCUACUGUAUGCUGAUCUACUACUUUGUAAAUUGAAUGAACUCAGUAAUGUUUUAAGAGGUACCAAAACAACAUGCUUUAACAGCUUGACUUAAAUACAAAGCCUCCAGAUGGUGUCCUGUUUUUCAGGAAAUGAAGCCAAGAGCAAUGCUUGACAAAAUCACAAUCUUGACAAAUCUGUCACCUCAAAGCAGCAAGGUCAAGAACUUAUAAGCCUCCAAACUUAAAAACAGCAAAGGUUAAUCAAGGGUCAUAUCCAUUAAUAUCAAUAAUGUUGGAAAUUUGCAACAUCACUUGUGUGUGCUAACUUGCAACAUCAGUAGUGUUGUUUUGGAUUGAGACAAUGAUUUGAACCGGAUGGAUGGAUGGAUAGAUAGAAAGAAAUUUUAGGAUGCAUUUUACAUUUUCCAUACAUCAUAAAUACAUUUGUUUUGUGAAAAUCUGUGCACUGUGCAGCAUAAAGGCUAAAAUGUAUCUGUCUCUUUACCUGUAGACAUGCUUAGAAGAAAAAUAUAGGCAAAAAUAUUAAAUGUUAUGAAUGAAACAGCUCAUAAACAUGCUUUAUCACUAGAAAAAUUGAAUGUAAGACAUUUCUCCUUAUGAAAGUAAGACAUUUCUCUUUAUAGUAGCUUACGUUUUUGGCAUAAAGGGCUCUUUAAAAUCGAGUCAAGAACCUUAGGGUUUUAUAGAAACCCUAUUUAACCUUUUUCUAAGUGUGCGGAAUGGAAAAAUAUAACAAACGCACUGUUCAUAGUAAAUAGCAUAGAUAUAGUCCACAUUUACAGUGUGUCGAGUGACACUGUUGUGUGUGUGCGCAGUAUUUGCAGUGUGUUCACUACUCCUUCCAUGCAAAUGGUUUGUACUUCGGGAGAGAGUAAGAGCGCAUGCACAGCACCACGCGCAGUUGGAAGUCGAGUGCGCUCUCGAGCAGAGAAGAGAAAAGGAGGGCUGCUUAAAGUGACUAGUGGAGUUGAUGCCUUUCUAACUGCUGUUCUAUAUCUCUCUAUACCUUUUAGAUUAACGAUAUAUGUUUAAUCUUCCAGUUUUACUCACAUUAGAAGACGUGUGACAUACAGGGGAAGCGCAUAAUGGAGCCUCCAACAGUGACUGUUAAUGAUUUUCUCGAACAGUAUCCUUUGAUUCUCCACAACUCGAGCUUUAUGGAGGAACCAGCGGGACUUCUGUCCAACUGGAGCGAAGUCAGCGAGCCGAAGGCGGUGAGAGGCAGCACUGCGGUCGCUAUCGCUGUGUGCAUAACCGCACUGUAUUCCGUCAUAUGCGUGGUGGGACUGUUUGGAAAUAUUCUGGUUAUGUACGGCGUGGUCAGGUACACAAAGAUGAAGACAGCUACCAACAUUUACAUCUUUAAUCUGGCUUUGGCCGAUGCAUUAGCCACCAGUACUCUGCCCUUCCAGAGUGCCAAAUACCUCAUGAGCACCUGGCCAUUUGGUGAGCUCUUGUGUAAAGUGGUCAUUGCUAUUGACUACUACAACAUGUUUACCAGUAUUUUCACAUUGACGAUGAUGAGUGUGGACCGUUACAUUGCCGUGUGCCAUCCAGUGAGAGCCCUGGACUUUCGCACAGCCGUCAAAGCAAAGAUCAUCAACAUCUGCAUAUGGAUUCUCUCCUCUGCUGUCGGCUUCCCAGUCAUGGUUAUGGCCGUUACAGUGACAGACACAGGCAAAACGGUCUGCAUGUUGAAAUUCCCAGGCCCAGAUCCACAGUAUUGGGAUACUGUGACCAAGAUCUGUGUUUUCAUUUUCGCCUUUGUGGUUCCCGUCUUGGUCAUCUCCAUCUGUUACGGCCUGAUGAUCCUUCGCCUUAAGAGUGUACGCUUGCUGUCCGGCUCCAAAGAGAAGGACAGAAACCUCCGGCGCAUCACCCGCAUGGUAUUGGUGGUGGUAGCAGCUUUCAUCAUCUGCUGGACCCCCAUCCAUAUCUUCAUCAUCGUCAAGACUGUGGUGGAGAUCGACCACAAGAAUCUGCUCGUGGUCGCCUGCUGGCACCUGUGUAUUGCUCUUGGCUACAUGAACAGCAGCCUCAACCCGGUCUUGUAUGCAUUCCUGGAUGAAAACUUCAAGAGGUGCUUCAGAGAAUUCUGCCUGCCCUUUCGUUCCCGCAUGGAGCACGGCAGCUUUUCCAGAGCCCGUAGCGCCACGAGAGAGCCCAUCUCGGUGUGCGCCAAGUCUGAUUCAAUGAAGCAGCCUACAUGACUAGACCUGGACCAGAUGCCUCCUGGUACGCUACCAAGGACACAGAAAGACCUGCAGUCUGAGGUCACCCAGAUCUCCACCACUGAGUUUUAAACUCCUCUGAGGUUAAUAAAAGUUGACGACAAGCUCAUAUACCGAAAGGCAAAAUGCUUGUUUUAUUAGUCAUCUUUUUUUCCCACGUUUCUUGACUUCACUGUGUGGGAAAUGUGAUGGAUGGCUCUAAAAUAAUCACCAAAAAUUAUAAGAUGAUUUGGACCAUCAAGAUUCUAAUCAUGCAUUGGCAAAGACAUCAAAAAUGUGGCCUUGAAUGGUCAACAGGAAAUGCAUACAUUCAUUAGUGGUAUAUGAGCCAUCAAAGUGGAUUCCCGUAAUCAGAUUUUAAAAUAAAAGUGAAUGCAUUUCCCUGGGAAUUGUGGGAUCUUGUUAUUGAAUUACAUUAUUACCGGGGCCAAACGAUGCACUGAAUACACAAAUUCAGAUUCUAAUACAACAAAAUAAGCUGUAAGAUGGAUAUUUCAUUUAAAGAGACAAACAUGCUAGUUUUUCAAAGAACGGUGAAAAUGUACAGAGGUCUUUUGCCACUCCAUAAUAAGAGGAUUUCAUUAAACCUGAAGAUAAAGAUAUAUGGAGAAAGAGAGGUGUCGGAUACAGAGAAUGGACCAAAAUUUCAUCCUAAGGUUUGCAGGAAAGAUUUGCAAGGAUGACAGAGUAAUUCCCUCAGGAUGGCUGUUAAAAUACACUGUUACAUAAACUCUCGACACAUUCAUUUCAUGGUGCUUGAUAAGGUGUAAUUUUGUGCUACUAGUGAAGGUGUUUGAUAACCUUUGACUAUGAAGUACACAGUGUUUAGACAUAUUCUGACUCUAUCACAAAAGGACACUGAUAUUUUCUUUGUAGUUCUUUAUGAAGUAUUUAGUGCAACAAUUCUUGCAUUUCAUUGCCAUUAGCGCAGAAUGGUUGUUUUUUGACCUUCUUCAAAUCCCAAAGUUGAAGUGACAUUUAACGAUUCAUUUUGUAAUAUUAGCGUUUCAUUCUAAAUGUCAGCUUUGCUGUAAAAGGAGAGUUUAGUUUCUUGAGCUGUUAUAAACAAUCCUUUUCCAGUCAGGAAUGUGUUUAUGUAUUAGCAGUGAGUAUUGCUUUUCUGUAAGAACUUGUAUGUACUUUUGUGAAACUGUUGCAUAUUUCCUCAUGAAUUUAUUUUUUAUGGAUGCACGGUAUUUAGACGUCACCAAUUAUCUUAACUGUCAAUGUCUAUAUUGUGAAAGCUAAAGUAGCCUAUUAAAAUGUUUCUGUAGGUUG